UCAGUCUUAUAUGCAGUCAAAAAUGCUUGUUAUACUCACUGUGGAACCUAGGGGGCUAAUCUUGUGCAUUGUGUAAAAAGGCUGUUUUACCUGUCUUCUCUGAUCCUCCCCUUCUUCCAGUGUCACUCUCUUAUAUCCUGUUAAGACAUAUUGUGUGGAUUCACUCUGUACAUGCUCAGUUUGGUGUGUAUUGCUAGAGAGGUUUUUUUUUUUUUUCUUGAGAGGGUGCAUGUGAUCAGCACAGGGCCAAUCAGCACUGUCCAGACAGAGGGUCAGGGCUUUCACAUCCUACUAGAGCUGAAAGAAAACUCCUCCUGCAAGCUUUAACCAGUGCUCUGCUGAAGUCACAAGACUGCUCUAACUGCU